AUGUCUAUCAUGACUCUGUUCGAUGCCCUGCGACUACUGCUAGGCCAAAUUCGCAAACUUUUCGGACGAUUCACUCUUCGUCACAUUCUUCAGGCGCAAGAUGCUCUCCGAAAGCUUUCAUCGAUGCUCUUCGGGCGCUAUAAGAACGGUGAUGAACGGGACCGUCGGGCGGUCGUCGAUAAGAAAGAGAGCCCGCCACGUAGUAUGGCUUACCACCCGCAGGAUAUGAUUCUCGCAAGCCGCAUGCCACCUUCGCCUUCCCCGUUAUCCCGGAGGAGUAUAUCGAACGAAGCCGAUCACACUGCUGUGAACAUGAUGGCUCUUCCUGCAUCAGCAGAUCGACAUGCUGUUGCAAUGUCCAGGGUCUCUAAUGGCCUGCUUGCCAUCCCCAAAUUCGCUAACAACGACUACGUCUCUCGCUCAUCCAUCGAUCUCCCCUCUACCAACACCCCGUACCAACGAUCGCAAUACGAUGGACGGCACCAAUCAACCCCCAAUCUGCACAGCCCUCACGUACCCCUUGAAGGAGUCGUGGUUCCGACAACGACAUCCAUGGGCAUGCCUUCUUCGCCUGGUAGCUCUUGCCACGAUAUAGCUGGGGCAUCGGUCUUGGAUCCCGUCACUGUCACAAUACAACCCCCCGAAGAGCCGGAUGCUGUGAAUCAUGAUACUUCUCCUCCUGAUGUGUCCCCUCUCGAUGAGCCGAGCGGUGACGAGACGACGUUAGCAGGCUAUGAUAUGUCGCUACCAGGCACAUCGCAGUCGCGAACGCGCGGCGUCGGUUCGGCACCGCGUACUCCGUCACGAGCCGUAAGGGCCGUUCCAGCCCGCGAAGUGCCUACAACGCCCGGGCAGCUGGGCCAGCUCAAGGACGAGCACCCCGAUGAUUAUUUGCGGAGCUGGGGAAUAUUCCCUGUCGACACCGACUACGUGGGCAGAUACGACCGCCAUCGCAUACUACCUAGUCAUGAAUCCAAGUUGGAAAUUUCGCCCAUGACGCUGGACGUUGGAUAUCAAAGUCCUCCAGAUCCAUGGCGCAGCUAUAUCCAUCCUGAAGGCUGUGUCUACUUUUGGGAUCCAAUCAGGCGCUUGGUCACGGACGUCGACCUGUACGACCCGGAGUUGCAUAGACGGAUAGAGGACAGCGCGACGCAUUUGAUGUAUGCCAAGAAAACGUUCAGUGACCCACAAUUCCCUGAGGAGGCGGAGAUUAUGCUUGAGCUUGCCCCCCUGGAUGGCGACAAUCAUUUAUGCUACUACUACUGCAUAAACCCUAAGGGACGGACCCUGUUCUGGCUUAACAAGAUGGAUUUCGAUUGGUCGAUCAAGGAAGUCAAGGGCAUCACCAAGCUAUCCCAAGCCAGUACGGGGACUAUCGUUGGUACUGAGUGGACGAUUGACGUUGACGACAUCGUCAGAGACCCAACUGGAAUCUCAAUACUGGCAUGCCGCUCAGACACUCCGAAACACUGGGAGUUGUUCCCUCUCAAGAGGACGGUGACAGAAUCUUUGCUGCAAGAAUUGAUCGGGAUGAUGAUGCAGGGAGGUGUUGACCUGAAAACUUCAAGGAGCUCCACCUUUUCAUACAGCAUAGAGGACGUGAUGCAUCUCAUGGAGCUGCUCAAGAAUGUCAACUACGUGAAGGAGGUCAACGGAUAUUCAGCUCAUGUUGUUGGCCGAGUGAUGUCUCUGCUGCUCCACACUCAAUUCCUCAACUUGCAUGGUCAGCAAGAGGCGCGAUUGAGCCGCUGGGAGUGUCUCCACGAAGAAGAGAAGAAACCUCCCACGCUAUUGAUAAAGAUUCUAUCUCCACUCCUCUUCUUCGCGCCCGACAUCCAUAUGAGAAGUUUGCGACAUGUCUGGGUGGACAAAAUCGUCGCGGAAGUGGCCUGGAAGAGAUUUAUCGAGAAGAUCCAGAGCGAAUGGGACAAAUAUCUCCUCCCGGCUACAGUCUUGCUUUCCGUCAAUGUCGCAUUCCUGGCGAUUCCGAGCGUGGACCAAACAAAUCAAGCCCCGAAUUUUCUCAACUUCGGCAACACAACAUCAUACGAGAACUCUCAGACAUCAUCGACGUUCGACUUCAAUGCUGCCACCCCGAAUCGUUCUGCUGCCCAACUGGCGUCGUAUGUAUCUACUGCCGCAUCCACCGGCACCAUCAUCAUUGGUCUGAUGCUGGACAGACAUCAUCGACUGGCUCAUCGCAUGACAGCGGGGGAGGCGGCGCUGACUCUGGCCGCGAAAGAGCAUCCGAAAUAUGGCAUAGAGGCGCUCGCCAUCUUGUAUUCGCUCCCAUAUGCCCUAAUGAUGUGGGGCAUGAUCUCCUUCGCCUUGGCGUGCUGUUUGCUCUUCUUCCUAGGCACUAAUAUUCCCACGUGGAUAACCCUUGGGCUCUUCUGUUUCAUAUCUUUCUUGCUCAUAGCCUGGUGUAUGCUCACCGUUUGGGAUACCACGCAACCCUGGCUGCUCGACCACUUCUUGGAGGCGCUGGGCGAGUUUCGACCUGCUGGUCUCCUGACGAAGAUGUUCAGGGUCCUGUCGACGACGCCGAACGAGCCCGAGCUCGGCGAGGUUUAA